CAUUUCCAUUAUGGACACAGGAAGUAAGCAUAGGGACCGCGCAGCCAUAGUCGCCAUUUCCAUUUGGAAGUUCAACCCCUCUACCUGUGCAUCUUUUACAGCCAUGUAUAUGCACACUGCACUCUUUGUCUCUCUCAGUCUGGUCUUUUUCUGUUCUCUCUCUGUUACUGAUGAGCUGCUGCUAUAUAUAAAAAGAGGGACGGAGAGAGUAACCGCACCUCCACACCUCGUCCCAACUACUGACUGAACCCCAUGCCUUCUCCUUCCCAAUCUCUUUUCUCUCAACCGACCAGGGAAAGGAAAGUAGUAUAAAGAGCCCCCCACCAUUGCUGCCCUUCACUUCAUUCCAACUAUUCUUUUUCUGAAUAAGAGAGAAGUUCCACUGGCGUCACUUACUUCCCCUAUCUGCAGCGGCAUGUUUCUGUUUGUUCUUCUUUGCUUGCUACCGUGUCCGCCACUCCCCUUCCUUCCUCAUGCUGGUUUGAUACGUGAUUCUCCCUCCGCUUCGAUCACCCGCCGACAAAGGAGGGGCGCUCUGCCUCCUCGGGCAAGGGCCCGGUACUGCCAUUGUUGUCCUUCGACUUGGCACCGCCGGGGAAGCUCGAGUACAGGCCUUCCAGACGGAAAGCAUUCGGGUCGUACCAGGCCCUGGGCGGGCACAAGGCUAGCCAUCGGAAGCCUAGCAGCGGCGUCGAUGAAGCCUCGCCUCGGGCUCUUCCACGACUAGCGCAAGCGCCUCCGGUGGCGACAGGGUGCACCGGUGCUCGGGGUGCCUGAAGACGUUUCCCUUGGGGCAAGCGUUGGGGGGCACAAUAGGUGCCGCAACGACGGGAGCGUCGGCAACGGCACUGCCGCGGCGGCGAUGACGUCGUCGGAGGGGGCGAGCUCGAGGCACAGGGAAACGUGUGUGUAAAUAAAUAAAAAAAUAAUUGUUAGAAGAGAACAAAAAAAAAAAGACCUCAUUGCUCUCCCCAUCGCCUCACACCUUUCUGAGGAAUGAAAUAUUAGCUUGCAUGAACCAAUAUCUUAUCCCAAUCGCCUCACACCUCGUUUCCUCUCCUUUUCUUCCUCGUCAGCCAUUCCGGUGUUGACGUUGCCAUCAAUAACCAGGUGAGAAAAAGAGAAAAAAUAUUUUGAAAGCAAUAAUGUACCAACGCCAAUCCACUUAAUAUAGAAUAUUCCCACUAUCCAGUUCACGAUUUUUUACAUUUUUUUUUUGGGAUCACUGACAUAUUUAAUUCCCUUAACUAUCACAGCCACACCGACACCUUUAAAACUAAUCAUAGUAUAUUUGGCAACGGAAUCACAACUCUUUCUAUUAAUGGUUGGACAAUUAAUCCUUUCCACUAUAUUUAGAGAUGCUUUCAUCCUUUAAAUCUGCUCAAUAUACAGCUUAUUCUCUAAUAGGAGUCCUACCAAAUGGCCGAUGAAAAAGGUGAUAUGCCCUGACAUCUUUCGUUUUGACUUCUUACUGUCAUCCUUACAUGAUUCUUUUUCAAUUUCUUCCUCCCUCUCCUCUUCUUUCAGGUUCGAUUCUGGAUGACUCUCCGAUCGAGCAAGUUCGGUUGACAGUCCCACCAACAGAUGAUAACACAUUGCAAGUCUUGACAUUCCGAACAUGGCUUAUCGGAAUCCCCAUUUGCAUCUUCGGGUCCGUAAGUGCAGCAUUAUCCUUUUACCGACAGCAAAUGUUCAAUUUUUCACAUGUCUGCAUCAACAUGAUGGUGUUCAUUGCUGGGAAACUAAUGGCUAACAUGCUACCGAACAAAGUGAUAAGAAUGCCAUACACAAACUGGAGUUUCUCGUUGAAUCCAGGACCCUUCAACUUGAAAGAACAUGUGGCGACCACCAUGUUGGCCGGCAGGGUAAGUGCUUCUGCCGGCUUUGAAAUAUUAACUAUAUCCAAGAUCUUCUACCACAAGGAUAUCCCGUUACUGCCGGCCAUACUGCUGGUACUAUCGAUUCAGUUUCUCGGAUAUGGGUUUGCUGGCAUAUUCAUGAAGUUGCUAGUGCACUCGCCCUAUAUGUGGUGGCCUUCGACUCUAGUAGACGUCGCCUUCUACAGGGCAUUACACGAGCCGAAAAAAAGAGCCAAGGGAAAAUUGUCACGAUAUCAGUUCUUCAUUAUAGUCAUCGUUGUAAUUUUUACGUAUAGUAUUGUUCCUGUUUACCUUUUUCCUUCUAUCACGGCUCUAUCGUUCGUUUGUUGGAUAUGGAAAGACUCGAUAACUGCGCAGCAAAUAGGUUCUGGAUUCAAUGGAUUAGGCAUAGGCUCUUUUGCGUUGGAUUGGAUGACCAUGACAUCCUACAUGGACAGUCCUCUGGCAGUUCCUGCAUUUGUGGUGGUCAACAUGAUGGCCGGAUUCAUUCUUAUUAUUUAUGUUCUAGUACCAUUAUCUUAUUGGAAUAAUGCUUACGAUGCCAAAUGCUUUCCUAUUUUUUCAUCAAGUAUUUUUGACAUCGAUGGGCAAUUUUACAAUGUGUCCCGGGUUUUAGAUGAGAAGUCACUCACAUUCAACGAAGAAGCAUAUAACAAUUAUUCGAAAUUAUACUUCAGUGCCUCCCUUAUGUAUAGUUAUGGUUUUACCAUGGCUUGUUUUACGUCAAGCAUCUCUCAUGUUGCUCUUUUCUAUGGGAGGUAGGAACUGUAACUUUUUUUUUCUUGUAAAUAAAUAUUCAUUGUAAUGUUUGUUUUUGGUACAAUUAGUGUGCUAUUGUUUUUAUAGUUGAAAUAAUUACCUUACUACUGAUUUAGUUACGUGUUAUAAUCUUGUUGGCUGAUAGUUCUCUUCUGGUGUUAAGCAGAUCGAUAUGGCUACAAUUUCUCGAUUCAUAUCGGCAUCAAAUGCAAGAUGUUCACACGAGGUUGAUGAAACAAAAUUAUGAGUCUAUUCCCCGGUGGUGGUUCUACUCUCUACUCUUCUCCAUGAUGGGUUUUGCCAUCUUGGUAUGUGAAAUAUUUAGCGAUCAACUUCAACUUCGCUAUUGGGAAGUUCUAUUAGCUUGUGCCUUGGUGUUCAUAUUUUUGCUUCCAGAAGGUGUCAUGAUGGCUACUACUAGUUCGGAAUUUUCAAUAAAACUUUUAUUAGAGAUCAUAAUUGGGUACUUGCAGUCGGGUAAACCUAUUGCAAAUAUUGCAUUCACAACAUACGGCUCUACUGCAAUUAAUACGGCAAAAUAUUUUACUAUGGAUAUGAAGAGAGCAUAUUACAUGAAGAUUCCUCCAAAAGUAAUGUUCUUGAU